GGCAUUUCAACUUUAAAGCCAGCGUUUGACUGGCACAAGUCGAGAGAAUCAGAUCUGAAAGCAAACCAGAGAGCUGUCUAGUGAGAGCGAGAGUGUGUGUGAGGUGUCCGAGGGAGAAUUUUGACUGAGUUUCGCAAAUACCCAAAAUGUCCCGUCCUUGCUUCCAGAAGCUAAUCCUCUCUUCCACCAUUCAAGACCGGAGACUGAGGAUUCCAAAUAAAUUUGUUAGGAAAAUCAGGGAUGAACUAUCUGCUCUUGCAACACUCACUGCUCCUGAUGGUCGUAUUUGGCGCAUAGGAUUGAGAAAAGCUGAAAACAAUAUUUGGUUUCAUGAAGGGUGGCCAGAAUUUGUAGAACGUUAUUCUGUUGGUGUUGGAUAUUUCUUGAUCUUCAGAUAUGAAGGGACUUCAGCUUUCAUUGUUCAUAUGUACAAUUUGUCUGCUUAUGAGGUUAAGUAUCAAUCUAAUGCCCUCAGUUCUAGGUUUCCGAAUCUUGGAAAGAGUAUAUUUGAAGAGAUGGAAGAUGAUGAUGACGUUGAAAACUUUAGUUCCUCACCUUCAUACCCCAUGACCCAAAAUUAUGGUGCUCCAUCACUGCAGAAUUUGUUCAAUGAACCUAGAGUUUAUAGUUGCAUGAAUUGGGCUGGUGAAGGGAAUGUGCAAUCGUCCGAGGGUCGAAUAAAUAUUUCACAGGAGACAAAUCGAACAACCCGAGAUAUAGGUGUUCAGUUCAAUGCCAUUAUGCUGAGAAAUUCUUUAGAUGUUGUAAAGUUGAAUAGUCCAGAUGAAGAAAUGCAGACAACUAAAAAAACUGUAAAGAAAAGGCGGAAGAUUAAUCCUAAUGUAAUGGAGUCGCCUCCUCAUCAUGAAGGUGAAAUAGAUUUGCGCUUCAGAUUUUAUGAAAGCGCUUCAGCAAGAAAAAGAACAGCGACAGCAGAAGAGAGGGAAAGGGCAGUUAAUGCGGCCAAAGCAUUUGAACCGGCUAAUCCUUUUUGUAGGGUUGUCCUGCGGCCAUCUUAUCUAUAUAGGGGAUGUAUAAUGUACUUGCCAUCCUGCUUUGCAGAAAAGCAUCUGAAUGGGGUUUCAGGAUUUAUUAAGCUUCAGUUUUCUGAUGGUAAACAGUGGCCUGUACGAUGCCUUUAUAGAGGGGGCAGAGCCAAACUAAGCCAGGGAUGGUAUGAAUUCACAAUAGAUAAUAACUUGGGGGAAGGCGACGUUUGUGUCUUCGAGCUGAUGAGGUCAAGGGAUUUUGUUUUGAAAGUUACUGCGUUUCGCAUUCUUAACAAUUCAGGAUACGCGAACUGACCUUUGUUGUAAUGUAUCAGCUGUGCGAUAAAUCAGGUAGAAUGUAAUGGGCGGUAGUGUCUGGUUUUCUGGUGUGCAAAUGAAGAUAUAUAUAUAUAAUGACCAUUUGCUUUGGUCGGUGGUCACCAGUUGGUUGAACCUGUAGUUGUCGGAGCUCAAAUACAGAGUCGUUUGGCUUGACUAAAUUUGUAAAGUUGACGUCAAAGUGGUCAAGAGAAAUUCAUGCUGUAAUAUUGUUUUUCUGCUGUUUUGCUUUGCAUCUUCUUACU